GUUGUUCUCGAAUACAAAACACCAUCUGGCGAAAUGGUGAAGUUGAAAGCACCAAUCGAAGGUGUUGUUACGUUUGAUCGCGCAGCAAAGAAAGGAGCGGAGAUGGUCCAAGUGAGUUGUGCUCGAAUUUUUAUUACUCACCAUACCCAUUCUUCCUCUCAGGACAUGCUUGUCGCUCGAAUAGAACCUUGUCAACAUGCCAUCGUUAUCAAAGAUAUGUGUGCUACAUGUGGUCGUGAUCUUAGAGAGAAGAACGGAAGAGCAGGACAGAGGCGAGAGGAUUCUACUGCUAAUGUAUCGAUGAUCCAUCAUGUACCGGAGCUUAUUGUAUCUGACGACCUGGCAAAACAGAUUGGCUCUGCCGACUUCAAAAAUGUCCUUUCAUCUCGCAAGCUAGUAUUGUUAGUGGACCUUGACCAGACCAUCAUUCAUACCACUAAUCGCCCAUUUAAAAUCGAUCCAAAUGUGGUAAGUAACUUAGCUCAGAUUUCAGGAGUAGCCGUAGAUGCGAAAAUUUUUCUUUUAUUCUUACAGCAUCAUGACAUCCACACAUACAUGAUGUUUGGGACGGAAUAUCAUACAAAAUUAAGACCCUACACU